UCCCCUGAAGGCAGCAGCACCCGACUCCGUGACGUCACCACGCGUUGCGUCCACUGGACUUCCUGGAGGAGCCGCCGCCGCUAGCUCUGUAGCUAACUGUUUAGCUAGCUCUGUGGCUAGCUCUGUAGCUAGCCCCUCGGUCAUCAGACAUGGACUCAAUCAACAAAGACACGUUUAAUUAACAACGCUAUCACCGCAGUUAGUGAAUCAAAGUCCCUUCGCCAGCGAGUCGGGAGCUAACAGGCUAACAGGCUAACGUCAUGAUGGCGUCCAGCUACAGCGCUAAAGACGAAGAUGGACACAUCACCGUGACCGGGCCCGGCGGCGGAGCCCUGCGGAGCAAGAAGCCGGAAAACACCGCGUUCAAACAGCAGCGACUCCCGGCGUGGCAGCCCAUCCUCACCGCGGGCACCGUGCUGCCGGCCUUCUUCAUCAUCGGACUCAUCUUCAUCCCCAUCGGCAUCGGCCUGUUCGUCACGUCCAACAACAUCAGGGAGUUCGAGAUUGAUUACACAGGAGUGGACGCGUCCAGUCCCUGUUUCAGCUGCUCCCAGAACUUCAGCUGGAACAGCACUCAGCCGUGUACCUGCACGAUCCCCUUCUACCUGGACCAGCCGUACGAGAAUAACGUCUUCAUGUAUUAUGGCCUCUCCAACUUCUACCAAAACCACCGCCGCUACGUCAAGUCCAGAGACGACAGCCAGCUGAACGGACACUUGGGGUCCCUCAAGCAGCCCAGUAAGGAGUGUGAGCCAUACGCUAAACAUGAAAACAAGCCAAUAGCACCGUGUGGGGCCAUCGCCAACAGCAUGUUCAACGACACGUUGGAGCUGUUUUACAACGACCCCAACGGCACAAAGGUUCCGAUUCCUCUCAGAGCGACAGGAAUCGCUUGGUGGACGGACAAACAUGUGAAGUUCGGGAACCCCGGAGACAACCUCAACCUGACGGCGGUUUUCCAAGGAACAACGAAGCCGGUAAACUGGCGCAAGCCCGUGUACGAGCUGGACACCGACCAGCUGAACAACGGCUUCAUCAACGAGGACUUCAUCGUGUGGAUGCGGACCGCCGCUCUGCCGACCUUCCGCAAGCUCUACCGCAUCAUCAACAGGAAGGACAACAUGGUUCCCACUCUGCUCCGAGGAAACUACUCUCUGGAGGUCGUCUAUAAUUAUCCUGUUCGCAGCUUCGAAGGCAGGAAGCGAAUGAUCCUGAGCACCAUCUCCUGGAUGGGAGGAAAGAACCCGUUCCUGGGCAUCGCCUACAUCACCGUGGGCUCCGUCUGCUUCUUCCUGGGCGUCGUUCUGCUCAUCAUCCACCACAAAUACGGGAAUCGCAACAACAGCGCUGACAUCUCCAACUGAGGCCCCCCCCCCCCCACGCAGCUCAUGUGAUCAUGUGACACGUCCAUCCUGGCAAACGUUCAUGUGGUGACCAGAAUAUCAGCAGCUGCAGUCGGCAUCUAGUAACUUUCUUUGUCCACUAUGUUCCAUUUUAAAAAAUGAAAAUAUGUCAACGAGUCACACUAUCUGCUGCUUUUAGAGUAAAAUAUAUAAAAUGGGAUUUCACAUUUAGGUUGGUAAAGACUUGAAUGAAUUCAAGAUUAAAUAAAACAACUUCAUUCGGGAUUAUUUAGGGAUUCGCACGUAAACGGUGGAAAAUAGCUGCAGUACUGUGUCGUGUGUUUAGUUGUUAUUGAAAUGGAGCUUUAACCACCUGAAGAGUUAAACUUCUACAGUUACAAGAGGUCAACAUUCUGGGGGAAAUGCACCUGUUAGAUGGAAGAUGGAUAUUGAACAUGUCUGACUUUCAUGUACUCAGAUUAAUGGUUCUGUUACUUUACUGUGUCGCUCGCCCUCGGCUCAACACGAAACACUGACCGGAACAAAAAGUGAGAUAGUGCAUCUAAAGAUUCAUUGAAAGAUUAUUGGAAACAGAUUUAUGUAUUUGCCGAUUUUCUUUUUUCUGUGAUAUUAAACUCUUUGGAUUUCAGAACAAAGAAGGAUAAUCAGUAAUGAGAAUAUUUAUCUGUUGUCUACAGACGACACAAUAAGAGGAUUUACAUUUAGUAUCUGACUAUUUCAUUCAUUUAGACAUUUUAAAAGUUGAUACUAAUUUUGACUUCUUUUCAGCCAAAGGACAAAUCAAAUGUAAUAUUGUCCCACAAGAAUUAUAUCCUGGCAUCAGAGGGCGUCUUAUUGACCGGUCGCUAUCGUAAUGUAAAUUCAUUUCAAGCCCAAAACGUGUCCUCAAAUCUCAGUGAAAAGAAAUUCUGCCCAUGAACUUUGAGUGUGAAAGUUUUCCGGUAACUUUGCAGACCGUCAGCUCCAUGAAGAGCUUGUUGUUGCUUUCUCCCGAGCUGCAUGCUGGGAUGUGACCAUCGAGCUGCAUGCUGGGAUGUGACCAUCGAGCUGCAUGCUGGGAUGUGACCAUCGAGCUGCAUGCUGGGAUGUGACCAUCGAGCUGCAUGCUGGGAUGUGACCAUCGAGCUGCAUGCUGGGAUGUGACCAUCGAGCUGCAUGCUGGGAUGUGACCAUCGAGCUGCUGGAGCCACUCGUCUUUGUGCCUCGUUUCAUCCGUCGUCCUGCUUCUAAACUAACAUUGAGCCUUUGUCCAGUAAACACGUGCUGAGCGAGCCUCGCCUCGGAGGGAGCUGUUGGGAAUCUGGGAGCUGUACUAAAAUGUUUUCUUGUUUUUUGUAUUUAUUUUAAGAAUGUGAAGAGAUGUUUGCGUUGUGAAGCCAGUACUUGCACGUCAGACCUCAGGGGUUUUGAAUCGAAAGUGAUUUUAAAGUUUGCUGCCUUGAUGCGAGGAACAGAAAAAUGCACAUGAGCACGCUGUCGUUGCUUCAUUCUUCGUCGUUUACACGUAACAAUAAUGCAGCAUGAUGAAAUACAUGUGAUUAAAUGUUUCGGUGUUGUCACUCAACAUUUACACGACAGUCGAGUAGUUUAACAGCUGAAUAUGAACCAAACACAUUAAACCUGUCAAAUAGAAGCUGCAUGUGAACGUGUGCUGAGUAAAGAUGUUUAUUUUGUGAUUCUGAGACGCACUCGAUUUUCUUUUGAUACUUCAUGUGUUGUGUUGUUGCUGUAAAGGAAUAAAUUUGUCAUAUGGAUAAAAA